GUUGCUCACAUUUUUGUUUCCAUUUCUUGUUUAAUUUGGGAUAUCACAAAACUGGAUGAACACAUUUACAAAGCAUAACAAGAGUGCCAGUUAUAAGCUCAGCUUUGACUGUACAAGUGAAUGAAAAUGUCCUUGUUUCUAACUGAAUUCAACCCUAUGUGUUUGAGUGUGAAUGAACUGCUAAUCACACGUUAGCAUGCUAGCUAGAGCUGGCUAUGAUCCAGCUGCUUAAUCAUCAUGUCUUAAGCCCUGUAUUGCUGUAGCUAUUAAUUCUGCAGUGCUUGUUUACUGGACCACUGCAGCUCUCCACCUUCUCCACAGACGUACUCCUACUCUGUGUUUACUCUGUUACCUCAACAGCCAUUUUCCGGAAACAAGCAGAGGUAAUCAGACACCUGUGGUGCCGGUCUCUGCAGGUCCCCUCCCAGUAAGGGAGGGACCUGAAGGGAGACGUCCCCAGACUGGGUAGACCAGUGAGAUAUUUUUUCCCCAAUCUGAGGUUUUUCUCACACAACAGCACACAAGGCUUUUCUGAAAACGGAGACAGACAUGCUAAAUAAGACGGACUCAAACUAGAAGAGCAGUUCACUCAUGGACUCGACAUAGAGAAGGAUUAUCCAUAGCUUCAUGAAUAAUAUCGAUCAACUUGUGGGAACAGUUGGAAAUGCUUUUGUGAAAAGCAGGUGAACUCUGUUCUGCACUCCCAGGGAGAUUACAGCAGGAAAUGUUUCCAGCCACCCAACAGAUUCAUUUCACUAGCAGCGUUGUUGGAAUGUUGUUCGCACAAAGGACGCUGAACUGUGCUACUGACAACAUAUAAUCAGUAGUAGUGUUUAUAGGUUGUUUGUGUGUCACUAUUCGGGAUUGUGUUGUUACACUUGGUGCCCUACUGGAGAAGGUAAGAGGAGCAGCAGAGAUUUAUCCACACAAAGGCCUUUUGUUCCCAGCCAACAGUAGAGGUGUGAUUGAAGUGGCUUGGAUAACUGGAAGUGGAGAGAUUAACCUUUUGUGACAUUUUCAGUGGACACUUUGCUGGAUCUACUGCUUGGUUUAGACUUCCACUCUUUGCUCGCAGUUGGUAUGACAUUUUUAAACAAAAAUGGACAGUGACAGUACUAGCUCAGAUGAACAGGGGAAGCAGGCUGCUAGUUCCUUACUUAAUGUCUUCAGUAGCUUCUUCAUCCGGGACAGUUCUGCCUCUUCGGACAUGGAAUCAGCCAUGCUGACAUCUUUCAAGGAGCUGUCAGAUGGCAAGAGUCCCUUUCCUGAAGGUGGGCGAGCUACCAACAGUGAGAACCAAAUGAAAGGGAGCAAGGAUUUACUCCAGGAUGAUGUGGCUGCUCCCUCUCAUACAGAGCAGAGGGCUGAAUCACUGGAAACUUGCAUGAACCCUGACAAACAAGUUAAAGCAGUCACUGGAGUCUCAGCUGAUGUGCAUUUAGUCCAUUUCACUAGGGUGGAAACACACAGUGACACAGAAACUGAGGCCAAGGAGAAUUCCCACAGCAGCACUAGUCUGUCGGACAAGCUCGCCAGGGCCAGGGAGUGCAUCCCACCUGAGGAGGGCAAUGAUACCAUGGACUUGGGUGAAGGAGAUGUGCUAAACCAUGCUGCUGAGCACAACGUGCCUGUGUUUAGAGCACACAAAUUUAAAGAGAGGUCCCGCAUAGAAGCUAUUCUGUAUUCAGACAGAUUCAUUAACAGAAAAAGCUCUAGGACACUUCUGCUUUCUUCACUUUCCAAACACAGGUAUCCCUUCACGCCCAAGGAGAGCACCACCAAGGGGUCUGCAGAUGUAGAAACAAUGAGUGCACAAGAGAAUAGUAACACAAACAUAGGAAUAGAUGAAAGUGAUGCUGACAGAGAAUCGGAGGGCAGAGGGCACAGUGCUGCUGCAUCCUCUCCACUGAAGAAGACAGAGGGCUUAGAUAGUAUACAAAAGGAGGCGACAGAUGAGCAAAGGGCUGAGGCUGAGAAGGGGAGUGAGGAACCUCAUGUCAGCCAGGUGUCCUCCUCCGGUCUCUUCAGCCCCAAGAUUCCUGAAGUGUCAGUCCGAUUGUUCUUCAGUCCAGAGGAGCAGCUAGACUCUCCUGUUGUAACAAAUUUGGGUUUCAAGAAACUUAGGGCUGGAGGGCACAGUGCUGCUGUGUCCCCUCCAUUGAAGGAGACAGAGGACUUCGAUAGUACACAAAAGGAGGCGACAGAUGAGCAAAGGGUUGAGGCUAAGAAGGAGAGUGAGGAACCUCACGUCAGCCAGGUGUCCUCCUCCGGUCCCUCUAUCCCCAAGACUCCUGAAGUGCCAGUCGGAUUGUCCUUCAGUCCAGAGGAGCAGUUAGACUCUCCUGUUAUAACAAAUUUGGGUUUCAAGAAACUUAGGGCUGGAAGGCACAGUGCUGCUGUGUCCCCUCCAUUGAAGGAAACAGAGGACUUCGAUAGUACACAAAAGGAGGCAACAGAUGAGCAAAGGGUUGAGGCUAAGAAGGAGAGUGAGGAACCUCACGUCAGCCAGGUGUCCUCCUCCGGUCCCUCUAGCCCCAAGACUCCUGAAGUGCCAGUCGGAUUGUCCUUCAGUCCAGAGGAGCAGUUAGACUCUCCUGCUGUAACAAAUUCAGAGUUUAACAAACCAUCACCUAGACCUGAAGAGCCCCUGGGUGACAUUCAGCCCAGUGCCAGUCCUUCUUCACAACGUACCGCUGCUCCAAAGACACCAGAAAUAAAUACACCAACUACAGUGUCACCUGUUUUCCCCUUCUCUACCUUUGCUUCCUCAUCCCCGUCCAGGGGCACACAACUCUCUUCACCCGCUUCCUUCCAGAUGCCAGUUCUGUUCAGUGGGUUUCGGGUGCUGAAGAAGGGAGCGGUCGGUGAAGAUAGGGAGACUGUGGCAGAGAUCAAGCAGCGGGAGAAGGAUGCAGACCUGGCUCUGCUCAGCCUGAAGAAGACUGUAAACAAAGCCAAGCUCUUCCCUGAGCAGAAGGCAGCCAGUCCAGUCAAAAAACGCACAGAGCCCAGGCCCGUCACAGAAACAAAAAGCAUUGUAAUGGGACAACUCAGUCACCUGCUUAAUCUUGACACACAUGAUGAGACCAACAAGUCAGAUGACGGGCAGGAUGCUGAUCCCCAGCACGUUAAGACAGAGUUUGAGAAUGGAGAAGAGGUUGCAGAAGAUAAAACCCCAAGCCCAGAAACUUCCACACACACACCUGAAAAAAAGAAAACCUCAGACAUGGCCUAUGAAACCUUCAGAAACAUUUUUGGCCCCAAAACAGUUAAAAAAGAAAAAACAGAGGAUGUGGAUCUGGAGACAGUGAAAAGGAAAAUCAAGAGUGACAAGGAAAAUCUGAGGUCAAUUUUUGUGAGAUCCUCCAAAUCUCCUAGCAAGGAAGGCAAAAGUCCCACAGAGGCUAAUGUAUGUAACCCCACUUCAUUUCAAAUUGGUACACCACACAUUUCCUAAAUUUAAGUUACACAAGUUUUUUAUAUUGACAGAGACAUGAGA